CGGCGGCAGCUUGUUCCUGUGCCUGAAGCUUCGGAGAAGCGGAGCGGCUGGUUAGCAUGCCAGUCCAGUUCUUUAGCUGACUUACACUCAGAGCUGUUGCUCUCUGUUUAUACUAUAUUAACCAACAAGUUAACAAACUGAAGUCUUAUUGUAAUGACAAAGGAGUGACAUCUCUCGGUGUUUGGUCAACGGGGAGAUCGCCAUGACUGUCCGCUUCAAGUGUCAGAGUGAAUACCAGAAGAGCUACGGGGCUCCCCGGUCCAGAAGUGUGUCUCCUCAGCGCAGUGCCCCGCUGGCUGGCCUACGCUCCGACCAGAUGGGUAUCAGCAGCGAACCAGGUCUCCAGCGUCGAAAGAGGCUCAGUGCUGGUGGUCUGGCUCAGUCCUGUACUUCUCUCCUCUGUCCAUCAGAUCAUCUGGCAGAACUAACUCCUGAUGCUCACAGAAACGCGCCCCCUGCUGCAGCCUCCAGGAGCCGCUCAUCCCAAAGGAAGAAGCCUUCCCUGGAACCAAAGCCUCUAACACCUCCUGGGUCUCGAGCUGAACCUGGGUUUCAGACAGGGCCUGAAACUGCAGCUGGACCAAGACCUGCUGCAGACAAAGGAUCUCCAUCUAGGCCACGACCUGCUAGAGACCCAGGACCAUCAGCAGAAUCACGACCUGCUGCAGACCCAGGACCUCCAGCUGGGCCACGACCUGCUAGAGACCCAGGACCAUCAGCAGAAUCACGACCUGCUGCAGACCCAAGACCUCCAGCUGGGCCACAACUUGCUAGAGACCCAGGACCAUCAGCAGAAUCACGACCUGCUGCAGACCCAGGACCUCCAGCUGGGCCACGACCUGCUAGAGACCCAGGACCAUCAGGAGAACCAGUAGCUUUAGGAAAAUCUGUGAAGCCCCACCCCUCUCAGCCCGACAGCCAGUCACAGCCUAGCCACCCUUUGAUUGCAGCACCUGAUGGGCAGCAGCCCUUGGCCAAUGCAGGCGAGCGUGCACUGCGCUGGCGGGCAGGGCUGAGGUCAGGAGAUCAGAGGUCAGAGUACCACAGACAGUUCAACUGGAAGAAACCUGCAGCUGCUGCCUCACCCAUACUGACUGCAGAACAGGUGAUGUUCUCCAGCAGCAGGUCUGUCCCUCCCUAUAAGAAAAAUCCCGUUCCCAUGGAAACAGAAUAUCAGCGGAGCUUCCAGGGUCUGGUCCCACCCUCUGGAUCCCGGCUUUGUAAACAUCUGGAACAUCAGCGAGUCCCACUGUUCCACACAUACAUGACCCACAAGAGGAGGAGGAAAGAGUCCCAAAAGAAGCCCCGCCACAAACAGGAUGCUCCUCAGAGAGACAACACUAGGUCACCCCAUCCUCCUGCUCAGGUUCAGAGGGGACACAGGAUAUUGACAGAGUAUGAGUCCAGCUUUCGUUCUCCCCUCUACAGCAUCCCUGAAGAAGGUCGAGCCAUGGAUGCCAGCGCCUCUCAGGUGAAGGAGCUGAGGCAGGCGGCCUUGUCGUAUCGCCGUCGAGCCUGGGGAACCAACUUCUCCAGAGAUCACCUAAGCCAGCUGCAGUCAGAACACAAUGCUCUGUGGGAGCCCAUGGACAACACGGACUCGGCCUCUGACCCCCCCACCCCCCGCCUGACCUUUGACCUUGGUCGGGAUGAGGACAGCCGCAGCACUUCCUGUGUAGAGGCUCUGGACUUGACCAGCCGCUCCAGUAACUCCAGUAAGAGAUCUUCUGUUGCGGGUCCAGGAGAAGUACACCAUACAAACCAGAGCGCAGCCGGUGACAUGCACACAAAGGCACAGACACCUGCGAAUCCUCCUGCGCGUAUGGCCUGGGAAGAAGAAGAGGAAGAAGAAGAAGCAACAGAUGAGGAAGAAGGAAGGCUGCCGACUCCCAGCCUCAAGAUGAGACCAGUUCAGCGAACCCACCACGACAUCACCACACCUGCCACCGGUGGCGCUAUACUGGUGGGAAAACUGAAGAGCGACUCUUCAUACAAACAACAGAGGUCUGGGUCAGCUGUUUCCAUGGCAGUGAGGACGGAUGCUGAGGCUGGUGUCCCCAUCAGAAGACAGGGGGUGUGGCCAGAUAAUAACCCCACCCACAUAUCAUCCUCUGGCCCCUCCCCUGACCACAAACCAGCUUCUAAACCAACCAAGCAAACGGCUCCACCCCUGGUAGCUCCUCCCCCCCCGGUGUCCCCCCUGCAGCACUGUAUCCAGGGCACCCUGAGACAUCCCGAAUUCCAGCACAACGGCGAGCUGGGUUUGAGGAUCCGGGAGCUGCAGUGCUCAGGAGGAGGCUGUGGCUUCGAUGAAGAUGACCAGCUCUCUGUGAUGUCGUGGCGCUCAGCAGCCUCCUGCUCCAUGGCGUCCGCCGUCCUGGAGCGAGCCCAGAAGAGACGAGAGAAGUUCUGGGGGAAGAGAUGACCUCUGACCCCCUGACCAGGUCGCUGCUGUCACCACAGGGACCAGCGUGUUGUCUGUAGAGCUGAGAGUUUAGCUGUAGUGUGACAUAUUUUUAUAGACUUGUGCAUUUUUAUAGAUUCAUUACAGUUUUGUAAUCGAGGUUUUUUACACAUGUAAUAACGAUGUGAAGUCGGUGAUUUUGUUGCUUACUGUGUGGUCCCUGAUCUCGGUGAUAAAUGUGACAUUUGUUUUUAUCUCAUUACAAACUGAUAAACUGACAAACAAUAACUGAUAAAACCUGGCUGUUUAGAAGGUAAAUCCCAAACCCCUCCUCUGCUUACAUGCUGCUUGCUUCCUCUCCAGAGAAGAGGUCCGACUAGGUAAAGGACCGUUUCUCAGACUUUUGGCAGUGAUGCGCUUCCCCUUUACUGCAGGCUUUCAGCAGCUUGCUGUCUGUUUCUUCUCGGGAUGUUUUCCACAUUGCACUGUAACUCCAGCUCCAAGCCAUAUUAAACAUCAGGUUUUAAUGUCAGGACACAGAGCCAGUUUUCUGAUAAAAAUGUAAAAGGUGCAGCUUCCCUCAGCUUCACUGACAUUUGUUUUCCAUUUUUACGUCUUAGUUUUGAAUGUUUGGCUUGGUACUUUUUCUCAUGUAGCUUGUUUCUGUCCAUCAGUCAAACUGUCAGUAAAUUCCCUUCACAAACAGUCCAUUGAGUAGUUUUUAUCUGUUAACUUAAUCCGCAGUGCAGUAAAGAGGACAAACCUAAACCAGACCAGUAUUGUAGUGACCCCCUUUGCCUUUGAACCAGCCCCCGGUCUCCUCAGUCUGCCAGGUACUCGUCAGCAUCUCAGAGGGGCUGCCCCCAGUUCCUCUGUGGGCUCAGGCUGUCUCAGUGUCUCUGCUUUGCAUAUGAUGGCAGACUGACUUUGUGAUGCUGAGGUCAGGACCCCUUGAUGCAGGUCUUUUGGGCCUUCUGGUCUCUGAGUAGAGUUCUUUAUGGCUCUGUGGAGGUUUGGGCUCAUUCAUACUGAACACAGAUAAGAAAUGAAACAUCCAAAGUGCCUCAAUGUUUGCACAGUCCUGUGUUUCCAGCAGUGGCAGCAGGUGAAGCCAGGGUGUCUAGAUGACCUUCACACCAGCCACGUCCUCCAGCUCCUCCUGCUGGAUCCACAAACAAUCACAGGUCAAAUGAGAUUUAACUCCCCUCCAGUCCGCCCUGUGGUCUCCCCCGGCUGGAUGUGGGACGCGUCCAGGAGCCGUUCUUGAACCACCUCAGCCAAGAGGGGGCGGAGGGUUGAUCUGUAUAAAGAGACGGGGCACAGAGACGUCUUCACAACAGCAUCUGCUGACAGGUGAAAACACUGACUUCUCCUCA